GUUUUAGUUUAGUUUAUUCGCGACACUCUAGGGGAGUAGGUGUGCGAAAUAACCGGCUGGUUUUUGUUAAUCUGUCAAUGGCACGAUGAACAAUCAUCGAGUGAAGAAUACAAUGGUGUCGUGUGUGGGAUGAUUCGACGAACCUAACCUCGAAUUCGUGCGGCAGAAGGUUAAGGACCUUAGCAGCUGUGACCCACACCCUCGCUCGUACUGUUGACCCCGAAACGCUGGGGCUAUGGCAAGACUAAAAUAAAAGUGUUUUAAAACUGCAUAGCUAGCCAUGGCUUUGAGUCAUGCUUUAGGUGUUAUUUUGGCGCUUACGUGCGUAACCUGUUACUAUAACAGUUGCUAUUGCGGAUUUGUUUUCGAUGACAUUAGCGCUAUAAAAGACAACCGAGAUCUAAGGCCACAUUCCCCGCUGAUCAACAUUUUUUACAACGAUUUCUGGGGGACACCUAUGCAUAAGGAACAAAGUCACAAAUCGUAUCGUCCACUAUGCGUACUUACGUUUCGAUGGAACUACAUGCUGACACAGCUAGAACCAAUGGGCUACCACCUGGUGAACAUGGUGCUUCACACUGUAGUGUGCUUGAUGUAUUUCAGGAUGUGUGCCAUGUUCCUGCCAGAGUUGGCCAGUUUUGUGGCAGCCAUGCUGUUCGCAGUUCACCCUAUUCACUCUGAAGCAGUAACUGGAGUUGUGGGCAGGGCCGAAACACUUUCAUCUGUAUUUUUUUUGGCCGCUUUCAUUUUGUACACCAAGGCAACCCGCAGCAAAAAAUACGCAGGUUGGCGACAGCUUGUUUUCUCCAUGCUGUCAAUUGCGACGGCAAUGCUAUGCAAAGAGCAAGGAAUCACGGUGGCGGGGGUCUGCGCCACCUAUGAAAUUUUCGUCGCUCAGAAGAUUCGCCUGCCAGAAAUCAAACACGUACUAAAAUCCGCCAUCUCCGUAAAAUCAUCGUACCAAUUGCCGUGGUCGAACAAAGCGACCAAACGUCUGUUAGUCCUUCUAGCGACAACAAUGUCCCUUUUACUGGCGCGCUUGCAAAUUAUGGGCAGUCAGUUGCCGGUUUUCACGAGAUUCGAUAACCCCGCAUCGGUGGCACCAACCCCCACGCGUCAACUCACCUACAACUACUUGAUCGGCGUUAAUUUGUGGCUGCUUUUGUUUCCGUGCGAUUUGUGUUGCGAUUGGACGAUGAGCACCAUACCUUUGGUGGAGUCUUUCUUGGAUACCAGAAAUCUUGGGACGAUUUUUGCGUAUUUUUUCGUGUUUGCGCUGGUUUUUAGAGCGCUGGGAAGCAGCCAUAGGCAUCAGAGUACAGUAUUAAUUAUGAGUUUGGCAUUGAUGGUGUUCCCGUUUAUCCCGGCAUCGAACCUAUUUUUUCCAGUGGGCUUCGUAGUAGCAGAAAGGGUUUUAUACAUGCCAUCUAUGGGAUUUUGCAUGUUAGUAGCCUACGGUUGGCAUGCACUAUACAGAAAAAUCAGCAAGCCGUUGGCAUGUUUUGGUCUUUUGAUAUUGUUGGCAUCCCAUGGUAGUAAGACUUACAUAAGAAACUGGGACUGGGAGAAUGAGUAUUCGAUAUUCAUGUCCGGUUUAAAAGUCAACCAACGAAACGCCAAGUUAUUCAAUAACGUUGGACAUGCUUUAGAGAGUCAAAACAAAUAUCAGGACGCUUUAUUAUUUUUUCAAACAGCCGUAAAAGUUCAAGAAGACGAUAUAGGUGCACAUAUAAACGUCGGUCGUACAUACAAUCAUCUAAAAAUGUUCAAAGAGGCUGAAGAGGCCUACCUAAAAGCCAAAAGCCUGCUACCAAAAGCCAAACCCGGCGAAUCCUACCAAGCUAGAAUCGCACCUAAUCACCUCAACGUAUUUUUAAACCUCGCAAACUUAAUAUCGAAAAAUUCCACCAGGCUAGAAGAGGCCGACAUGCUCUAUAGGCAAGCUAUAAGCAUGAGGGCUGAUUACACCCAGGCUUACAUUAAUAGAGGGGAUAUUUUGAUAAAGUUGAACAGGACCAAAGAAGCUCAGGAGGUGUACGAAAGGGCUUUACUUUACGAUAGCAACAACCCCGAUAUAUAUUAUAAUCUUGGCGUAGUUUUCUUAGAGCAAGGAAAGGCUUCGCAGGCUCUAGCUUAUUUAGAUAAGGCUCUAGAAUUCGACCCCGAGCACGAGGCAGCUCUAUUAAACUCGGCCAUAUUGCUGCAAGAGUUUGGUCGUCCAGAGCUACGUAAAAUAGCUAAAGAUCGCCUUUUAAAACUCCUAGAUAAAGACCCUGAGAAUGAGAGGGUGCAUUUUAACUUGGGGAUGUUAGCGAUGGACGAGAAAAAUAUAGAAGAGGCCGAACAUUGGUUUAGAAGGGCUGUGCAUUUGAAAGCUGACUUUAGAAGUGCCCUAUUUAAUCUGGCUUUACUGCUAGCCGAUGAUCAGCGGCCUCUAGAGGCGGCCCCUUUUUUAAAUCAGCUUGUUAAGUACCAUUCCGAUCAUGUCAAGGGGUUGAUACUGCUAGGGGAUAUUUAUAUUAAUAGCAUUAAGGACCUGGACGCGGCAGAGAAUGCAUACCGCAGGAUACUAGAAUUGGACCCGGAAAACAUACAGGGACUACACAACCUAUGCGUGGUCCACGUAGAACGCGGAAAACUACUAGAAGCAAAAGAAUGCUUGGAAAAAGCCCAUUUACUGGCCCCUGAAGAAGACUACGUUUUGAGGCACUUGCAGAUCGUGACGAAUCGUAUAAACAAAAUGCAAUUGAACCCCCCAGAAAUGGACGUCAAUGCCGAGAAAAGUAAGGUUGUGUCGAAUAAGAGUGCCGACGUUACGGACAAAAAAUCGGAGCCUGUCACGUCGAAGGACUCCGAAGAGCAAAGAUACAGUUCGAGAGUCGUAAAUACGGAGCCUCUAUUCGUGAACAACAUCGAGGACGAAACAAUGAGUUACUAUAACGUUGAAGAUAUGAGCAACAUAGAGCAAAAUACGAGCAAAUGGAGCGAAACAAAUCAGGGGUCGGAUAACGACGACCCAAGCUCCGGGAUGUCUUAGCAUUAAAUUUAAAAUUAUCAAGGUAUAAUUAAAUUUUUCUACUUAUCUAAGGACUUAAAUGCGAGCCAUUAGGUGUAGUGUUCAUUCUGUGAUAUUCAGAAUUAAUUAUCUGAAUCUAUUUUUAUCCUAAAUUAUUGCAUGCAACCCAACAAACACAAUCAGUUUCAGUUUUGUAUUAAUACUACUAUCAAAAGUGACUUGUACAUAGUAAAGUGUAAGAUGGUUUGGCCCUAUCGUUUUAGGUACCAAAAUUUCUAAAAGUUGGUCAAAAUGGAAUUAAAAAUCCUUGUACUAAAAGAUCUUGAUAAAAGACCUAAAACGACUGGGCUGUAUGGUCUAGGUCAAAAAUAUUAAAUAAAUAUUGUCUUCCUAGCGUUUGUCAAAUAUUUUAAGAGAAAAAAAUAAACAAAUUAUUUUUGUAAAGUAGUAGUCAGUGAAGAGGAUCUGUUGCGUCAAAAUUGAUUUUCGCUGAAUAUUUAAAAGUUUUAAUUAAAUUUUGGAAUACAUGCAUUUUUGGCCUGGACCUGAAAGAUUUUUUUAUUUGUGAUCUAAUUGUGAUGAUUGAAUUUUUAGCAUUUACUUUAUUAUUAACAUUAUUUGCGUUCCUACAAAGAUUUUUAAUUAACACGGCGUAAAUGUUCGGACCACAUUUUAGGCCUACAAAAUAUACAUCACGUAUACUUUUCUACUGAAGAAUCUAACGAAUAGAGUCCGGAUAUUUACGCGAUGAGGACAAUUACAAUAAUUUCGAAUAUCUGUAAUAUUGAUUAGUAAAUAUUGUGCUACUAAUAUAAUCAAUAAUAUAAAUGUAUUGGUGUAAGGCUUGUUAGCCUCAUAGUUUAGACGUUUCUAUUUAUUAUCCACGUGGCCAAAAUACUACAUAGAUCUGUUUAGCACUUACUUAAUCUCAAUUUUUUUGCAAAAAUUAGCUACCGAUUUUGCAAUUUUAAACAUUUCUGUAAAAUCAGAAUUUAAAUUGCAUUUAUUGUUCUCAAAAUGUCUAGAACAAUUCCUUCCACUUAAGGAUCCUUGGAGUAAACGGUUUUAAAGUUUUAAGAUAUUUCAAGGUUUAAAUGCAAUUAAAAUAAUUUUUAAGCUUUUUAAAGAUGUUUAAUAUUGUACUUUAGUAGAAAUGUUUUAAUAUAGCAAAAAAAACAUGGAAAUGCAAUUUUUGCAUUAAAAAACUUCGGUGUUAUUUUUUUAAUGAAUUUUUCGAUAAGCAGCUAUGUGGAUGGAAAUUUCUGACGAUUUUGAUUUUUUCCAUUUUGUAAAGGUGCCUUGGAAAACUUGAAUUAAGGCAAAUGAUUUUGUAAUAUAGAUAAUAUAAAUAUUUUUCUAUGUUGUCAAACUGUUCAUAGAUUAUAUUUAGAUAAUAAGUCUAAAAAAACAUGUAAAUCUAUUGUGAGAGGUAUAUUUAUCCUAUAUGACUGAGUUUUGUGUAUUUUCUUUCAAAAUUUCUAAAGUUGUUACCCCAUAUACACCUUUUAUAAUAAAAACAAAGAGUUGUCGU